UCAGAAUACAGUCUAAAGCCAGAACUGAAAACAUAUGAGGUUAAGUUUAAUGAUUUGGUUGGAUGUCAUGGAAUAUUAAAGGAUUUAAUGGGAAUUGAUCACACAACCUAGUGAUCCAUAACAUCAGCAUUUCCUCAGAUUUGUUGGUAAAUUACUAAAUAAAAAAACUAAUUACUCUUGAAUUUGAACUCUGAGCUACUUGAAAAUGUAUGGUUUUUUUUCCCCCACCCCAAUCCUUCCUGCCUUAGAAUUCCCCAACACUCCCAGUUCAUCAUUCUCUCACCCUGUCCAUUUCAGGGAUUUCUGUAAAGCCACUUCUACACGUGCUGUAAAAAUAAAGUGGAACAGAACUGAAAUGGAUGGGAUCAGUUUGCUGUUAUUUACAAUUUGCAUCCUACUGCAGUGCCACUGAUGAGUCAGAAAGUUUCUGAAUAAUUUCAGGUUGUGAUAAAUAUAUGGCUUACUAAAGUUACAAAAUAAUACUGCCUAUGUUUUCCCCUCUAACUGUUCUGUCCUUCCUGUUCACAUGUUCUCUCCAUCACCUCUCUUUCCACCUCAUUCUCUAACCCUAACCCUGUCUAUCUGAUUCUGUCUCUCUGUUUUUGUCUUUCUCUCUGGGGAGCAACUUGGUGAUUCAUAUGUUCCUACCUUCCUGAAAGCAGAAGUGAAAGGUUCUAUUAUCACGCUCUCUCCUCCGUUUACGUCCUCUUCUGUGUCUGCUUUGGUUCAUGAUGUGCAGUUAUAACUUGUACCUGAGUGAACAGCUUUCUAUUGGAGCGUUGACUUUGGCAUUAGCAUUGUUGGCAGUCUUCUCAGGUGAUGGAAAUGCAGCAGUGUCCUUCUGGAUUGACCUGGGACAUUCUUGUGAAGGAUUGCAUCCAUGAUGCUGUGGGGCAGAAACAGAAACCCAUCACUGAGUCAGUGAUGGUGGUGAGUACGGUACCUCCGGUACAAUGCUGGAACUUCACUGUGUGGAUCAGUGUGUGUGUGAUCAUUGUACUGAGCAGCUCAGUGCUGGUACUCCUCCUCUGGGUUAUCUACCGACGACACACUCAUGAUAAAGGAAAGAAAAACUCUGAGUGUCCACCUUCUCAUCACGACGUUAACACAAACUCACAUGGCAAGGAAGAUUCCUGUCCACACAUGAACGGCAGGAAACAGGAAGUGUCCGACUGUGAAAUGGGGUGGGGGCGGGGUUUCUGUAAGGCAAGGGUGGAGCCUGCAGUCCCAUUACCAGCUACAGAGCUGGGAGACUCUGCCCUCGUCACUACAAAAACUGUACAGCUGGUCGAUUAUUCACAUUGUGAUGCUUAAUUAAACAAAAUACAACUUUAACCAGAAUACAUUGUUUAAAAAUUCACACAAACGUCUACAAAAAAAGUACUUAUCGUCAAUGUGCUUGAAAAAAGUGCUAUUUAUGAUUAGGCUAACUAGUGCUUUUAAUCUGAUCAAUCUAAUCAAACAAAGCUGACACUCAGUUUAACCCAAGAGGAUUUUUAAAAAUGUUUGUAAGAACUUCACAUUGAAUCUUCACAUUGUUCAUUUUAAUCAUUAUCCUGAAUGUGAGCAUUUCUUCCACUCCUAGGUAUUGGGGUUUACAAAUGUUGCUUUGCUUUUAUUUUUCAUAUUUUUUUUUAUUUUUGUAACGAUGCUUCAGAGAUGUCAUGUUAAUCUGUACAGUAUGCUCUAUGAGUUUGAGAGAGUUUUCAGAUUAAUCAUGCAUGAACUGGCUUAAACUUUGUUCUACAGGCACAAUGUGAUUAUAAAUGUCAAGAUGGAAAGGUUAAUUUAAAUUAAAGGUGUGCAAAAAACAUGUAAGGAAAUAGCCUCAGUAGUGAGGCUCAGUAGUAGUUAAUUUUGCUUCUUUUAAUUUUUCUUGUUAAUUUUGCUUCUUGUGUAAUUCUGAGGCUUGUUGACUGAAUAUUUUUUUAUAAUGCGUAAGAGCUCUGUUAUUUAGAAAACAAAGCAUUAAAACUGUUUGGUGUGGGCCAGUGUAAAAUAAACACAUGGAAUGGUUAAAACACUAAUGUUAUGAGUUUAACAUGUUUAAUGGAUAAUUAUUAGAUUUUUUUUUCCACCAAAAAAGAUUAAAGUGCAGAUUUAAUCUCAUCUCCUAAAAACAUUGUGAUGACAAACAUAUGUUCCCUCAUGCAACCUCAGAUCAGUCAGUGGCUGAUGCGUGGUAGUGCCAACUCAGCAAGGCAUGAGGUCCCUUUCCAGAACCUUCAAACUGACUGUCUCUCAGUGGUGGAAUGAACUUCCAACCUCAAUCUGGACUGCAGAAUCCGUCACUGUCUACAAAAAAUGGCUAAAGGCUAAGUUCUUCCGUGAACUCUUAACGAACCCCUAACUUG